AUGUCGCAACUUCCAACCGUUGGCCCCAAUGAACCCCGAGAGCCAACUGACCACUGGAAACUGAGCCACAAUGCUUCCCGCUUCAAAUCUCCAACUCCUCCUCCGAUCCUCCUUCCUCUAAAUUUCCCGUCAAUUAUGGAAACUCUAAAGUUUCCUAUUUCAAUUCGACUCCCCAUUCACCACUCUCCUCUUCUCCACCACCACCCAACCGCCGCCACCGCCGCUCGUCUCAACUCCCCCAAGCCCACUCUCCACCGCCUCCGCGCUCCCCUCUUUCGCUUCAAACCCUCCCUCCUUUCUCCGCCGCGUAAUUUCCCUACUCUUCGCUGCUCCUCCGCCGCCGAUCACUCCGAUCACCACCACCACGACCACGACCACGAUCAUCACCAUCACCAUCAUCAUCAUCACCACCACGGCGGAGACUGCGCGGAGCUAACCGGAGCGCAGAAAGCGUUCAUCGGAUUCGCGAAGGCUGUGCGAUGGACCGACCUCGCCGAUUUCCUCAGGGAGCACUUGCAUUUGUGCUUCUGCUCCGCCGCUCUCUUCCUCGCCGCCGCCGCUUGUCCUUACGUCGCUCCGAAGCUCGCCGCGAAGACUGUGCAGAAUGCUUUCAUGAUCGUCGCUUUUCCUCUAGUUGGAAUCUCUGCGGCGCUUGAUGCGAUUACUGAUAUUAGUGGCGGGAAAGUGAACAUUCAUGUGUUAAUGGCUUUAGCAGCAUUUGCGUCGGUGUUUAUGGGGAAUGCUCUUGAAGGGGGCUUGCUUCUGGCUAUGUUUAAUCUUGCUCAUAUCGCUGAGGAGUAUUUUACCAGUCGCUCCAUGAUUGAUGUGAAAGAGUUGAAAGAAAAUUAUCCUGAUUCCGCCCUUGUGCUGGAUAUGGAUGAUGAACAGGUUCCGGAUACAUCUAAUUUGAAGUACAAGCAGGUUCCUGUGCACGACUUGCAAGUUGGGUCGUAUAUCUUGGUUGGAGCUGGAGAGUCUGUGCCUGUAGAUUGUGAAGUUUUCCAAGGUAGUGCUACCAUCACUAUGGAGCACUUGACAGGAGAAGUUACUCCAUUGGAGACAAAGGCUGGAGACAGAAUACCUGGUGGUGCUAGGAACUUGGAUGGCAGGAUGAUAGUGAAGGCAAGAAAAAUUUGGAAAGAGUCAACCCUUAGCAGGAUUGUGCAAUUGACAGAGGAAGCACAGUUAAAUAAACCAAAGCUUCAGAGAUGGUUAGAUCAGUUCGGUGAGCGAUACAGCAAGGUGGUUGUAGUUUUAUCGGUGGCUGUUGCUCUACUUGGUCCAUUCCUGUUCAAGUGGCCAUUCAUUGGUACAGCAGCUUGCAGAGGAUCAGUUUAUAGAGCAUUGGCCCUCAUGGUGGCAGCAUCACCAUGUGCUUUGGCUGCAGCUCCAUUGGCCUAUGCAACUGCUGUUAGCUCCUGCGCAAGGAAGGGGAUAUUGCUGAAAGGCGGUCAUGUGCUAGAUGCUCUAGCUUCCUGUCACACUAUUGCAUUUGAUAAAACUGGGACCUUGACAACUGGUGGCCUAGCAUUCAAAGCAAUUGAACCAAUUUAUGGACAUCAAGUUAGAGACAAUAAAUCAGAUUUUUCUUCCUGUUGUGUGCCUAGUUGUGAAAAAGAAGCCCUCGCUGUUGCUGCUGCAAUGGAGAAGGGUACCACACACCCUAUUGGAAGAGCUGUUGUAGACCAUAGUGAAGGAGAAGACCUUCCUUCUGUUUCUGUUGAGAGUUUUGAGUAUUUUCCUGGCAGGGGUCUUGUUGCUACUGUCAAUGGCAAUGAGUUAGGAACUGAAGGGGGUAAACUGUUGAAAGCAUCUCUUGGUUCAGUAGAUUUCAUCACUUCACUAUGUAUAUCGGAAGAUGCGUCCAAAAAGAUCAAGGAAGCUGUGGAUGCUUCUUCAUAUGGAACUGAUUUUGUCCGUGCUGCUCUUUCAGUCAACGAAAAGGUAACACUGAUUCACCUUGAGGAUAGGCCUCGACCCGGGGUAUUGGAUGUCAUUGCAGAGCUACGAGAUCAAGCAAAGCUCCGUAUAAUGAUGUUAACUGGUGACCAUGAGUCAAGUGCUUGGAGAGUUGCAAAUGCUGUAGGUAUCAAUGAAGUUUAUUGCAGCCUGAAGCCUGAGGAUAAGCUCAGUCAUGUCAAGGGUGUCUCAAGGGAUAUGGGGGGAGGUCUGAUAAUGGUUGGUGAAGGUAUUAAUGAUGCUCCAGCACUUGCAGCUGCAACAGUAGGGAUUGUCCUUGCGCAACGUGCUAGUGCAACAGCCACAGCUGUUGCCGAUGUGUUGUUGCUGCGUGACAAUAUAUCUGGUGUGCCAUUCUGUAUUGCCAAGUCUCGCCAAACAACUUCCCUGGUUAAGCAGAAUGUUGUCCUUGCUUUAAGUUGUAUAGUUUUGGCCUCACUUCCAUCUGUUUUAGGUUUUCUUCCCCUCUGGUUAACGGUUCUAUUACAUGAAGGUGGUACCCUUCUUGUCUGCCUCAACUCCAUCCGUGCUCUAAACCACCCAUCAUGGAGCUGGAGGCAGGAUUUAUGGGAUUUAUUUAACCAACUGAAAUCAAGACUCGAAUUUUCAAGGAGACUUGCAACAAGCUCAAACCCUACCCAAGCUGCACCUCCUGUAUCCUUAUAAUUCUUGAAGUUAUGCUAGUCCCCAGUACAGUUAUGUAUAACAGAAAUAACAGUCAAUCAAGUAAAUAUUCCUACA